AUGCCCAUUGGUGAUUCAUUUCGAUCAUACGAUAAUGGAGGAACACGGAAAAAUUCAGUUGACUCGCUGGUUUCUGAGAAGGGCAAGCAAGUCCAAGAAGAAUCCAGUUCCAACAAUGGUGGUACAGGUGUAGGAUCAAAAGGUAGAGAAUCAACAGGCAGAGGACUGGGAUACAAGAAAUCGAGAGGGUUUUGGCCCGGGAUUUGGAGGCAUUUCAAACGAUAUUGGCUCUGCUAUGGAAUCCUUGGAUUUGUUUUUCUGGCCGUAUUUCUUCCUGUUUUCUUUCUUGUCAUUUUCCCGGCUAUUGCGCAAAGGCUAGUCGAUGAUGCAUCCAUUCCAAUUUAUUCAGUGGAAGUCCUUGAUCCCACCCUGGAUGGCAUCACAUUCUCUCUCUCUGCAUCCUUGGACGUUCCACUUGGCCUAACUGUUAAUAUUGAUCCGUUCAACCUCAGCCUUUUCAACAGAGACGUACAGCCAAUGCAGCCAUAUUUGACAAUACCACUCUCAGGGUUUCACCUUAAGGGCAAAUCCAAUAUUACCAUUACCAAUCAGACUACGAAAAUUCUGGAUGAGGACCAAUUUACUCAAUUUUUGUCUGAGGCGGUUUACUCAAAAACCUUCACCUUAUCGGCCUUUGGUUCCACAACUGCACGCCUUGGCAAGUUAAAGGCUCCGUUGAAAUUGAAUAAAGAUGUGGAACUCAACGGACUGGAUUUGCUGAGUGGCUUUUCAAUCGAUUCAGCGAGUUUGGCUCUCCCGCCCAAAGAAGACGGAUCGAACCUAAUAGGAAGUGCAACGUUACCGAAUUAUUCGCUAGUAACAUUUGGUCUAGGAAAUGUAACUCUCAAUUUGAAGGAGGGAGAUAUGCUUCUUGGGAACGGAACAAUCCAGAACGUAUUUCUGAGACCUGGCAAUAAUACAGUGCCACUACGUGGAAACUUGGACCUCAAUUAUAUUAUUCAGAACCUUGGCAAGCUGCUAUCGGCAGAAAGCGGUGCUCUCACUCAUGGUAACCUUUCGCUCUCGGCAUCCGGAAAUUCGACAAUUUACAAUGGCCAGCAUAUUCCCUACUUCGAAAAGGUCCUGAACAACUUAACUAUUAGCACAGAAGUGCCAAUCUUGCAGACAUUAAUAAACAUUUUAACUAUGACCUUGCUGUCUACGGAUCAAGUUAUUGCAUCUGUGGACUCGAGCCAACAUCUAGGACCAAGGACAGCUUCUGCGUCAGCUAGUCUAUCGACGACAAUUGCGACAGCACAAUCUGGUGGUGAUGCUGAUACCUCCAGUUUGUCGACUUCUGUGGCCCAAAAAGAUAAAUCUUCCUCGGUACAACACGAACCAGAUGUGGCAACUAUAAUAUCCUCAGUCAUUGACAAAUUAAGUCAACCCACACAGGCCACAGGACCUACCACGAUUCCGUUGUCUUCUGCUUCUAUAACUAGAAUUACGUCAACGACAUCAUUGUCUCUCCCGAGCUCGUCAGCAAGUCCAGGUAAUCAGGCGCAACCAACUACUUCAGCUAGUAAUGGAGACCUCGGAGACCUCUUAUCGGGUCUGUUGGGAGGAAGUGGCUCUGGUGUCUCGAGCGGUUUCAUAUCCGACAUUGAGGAUGGGUUGAAAAACUUCAACAGUCUAUUUACAUCGACUUUCAUUCAAGAUGCUACAAGGCUUGUAAGCCAAGCAUCGAAUCUGUUUGAUGAUCAAACUAUCAACAGCACCAAAGCAAUGAUUGCGGAUGCCCAACCGUUUAUUUCGUCGAUUGGAAAUGAUGCUACAUCUCUCUUUGGCAAUGGAACCUUCCUGCAUGAUAUAGAGAAUAUAAUCCAAGAUAUCAUUGCACUGCCACCGAUAAUCGAAGAGAUAUUCAAAAUCCUCACUAGUGACGAUGUCAAAGAGCUCCUUCAGGCUCUCCCAUCACUAAUAGAUGGUAUAAUGCCGAUAUUGAAGACUGACACACUCAAAGCAUUGGAAUCCCUUAUAACAACCAAUAUAACUCCACAAUUGCUCAAUGAUCUGUCAUCAAUUCUGAGUGCAUUACGGCCACUAGUGCAUGACCUACAACCUGUCUUUGAAAAUAGUACGAUGGUGCCACUUGGGAACCUUGUGAAGUCUAUUUUGGCUCCAGACUUUAUCACUGAAAUUGACUCGCUCCUAACAGCAUUGCCGCCAAUCGUGAAGGAAAUAUUGCCUCUUCUAGACACUGGUAUACUCAACCCGUUGGUGAAUCUGCUCAAGGAUAUCCUUACACCAGACUUCAUCAAUGAAAUUUCGGAUAUAGUCAAUGCCUUGCCACCACUCAUUAAGGAUGUUCUUAUCAAAGAUGUACUCACACCAGACCUCAUUAACGCGCUCAAGUCGUUACUCAAUGAAGUCCCUGGUCUUCUGAAUACUCUGUUACCCCUGAUUCCAUCUCUGGAAAAUCUUCUCAAGAAGCUUAUCACUCCUGCUCUGAUAAACACGCUUGGCCAAGUAAUCGACGCUGUCCCAGGACUUAUCAAAGAUUCGUUACUCAAUGAAGUCCCUGGUCUUCUGAAUACUCUAUUACCCCUGAUUCCAUCUCUGGAAAAUCUUCUCAAGAAGCUUAUCACUCCUGAUCUAAUCAAAACGCUUGGCCAAGUAAUUGACGCUGUUCCAGGACUUAUCAAAGAUAUACUCACACCAGACCUCAUUAAUGCGCUUAAAUCCUUAUUCAAUGAAGUCCCUGGUCUUCUGAAUACUCUGUUACCCCUGAAUCUUAUUACACCAGAACUAAUCAAUACACUUAGUCAAGUGAUUGAUGCAGUUCCAGGACUACUUAUCAAAGAUAUACUCACACCAGAUCUCAUUAAUGCGCUUAAAUCCUUAUUCAAUGAAGUCCCUGGUCUUCUGAAUACUCUUUUACCCCUGAAUCUCAUUACACCAGAACUAAUCAAUACACUUAGUCAAGUGAUUGAUGCAGUUCCAGGACUAAAUCUUAUUAUAGAUAUUCUAACUCCAGAGCUUAUCAAGACACUCAACAUCAUCAAUGACCUAUUACCCCUCAUUCCGGCUCUCGAGGGUCUCAUCACCAAGAUAUUUAGCGCUGACAUGAUCAAGACCAUCGAAAUGGUGCUUGAUGAUGUACCAGGAGUCAUCAAUGCCUUGCUACCAUUGACUUUAACACCGGAUUUCAUCAAAGGAAUUCAAAAUGUCCUUGCUGCAGUUCCUGGAUUAUUAAAUUCCCUUUUGCCACUUCUCCCACCAAUUGAGGACGCUAUCCUGAAGAUACUUACAAAACAAUUUAUCAAUUCCAUCAUAUCGGAAAUACUGCCAUUACUAAAUGGCGAUCUCAUUGCAUCCUUAGUGCACAUAGUUAUUCAACUCCUCACACCGCAAUUCAUCAGCGAUGUUGGAACUGUCGUUGGAAUCAUUCCACCGCUAUUGCACGAUAUUUUACCGAUUUUCAGUGCAGAUCUCAUACAUGCGGUAGAAAAACUUCUGACCACUGUCAUAACACCGACACUUGCGGUAAUUCCGGUUGUCACAGGCAAUCUCCUUGCCGGAUUGCCCAAGAUCAUAGAGGGUUUACUUCCUAUUUUGAAAGCCUUGACGAACCUUGUUACUGAGCAAUUCAUUGAUGACGUGGGUACGGUACUCAGCGCAGUUCCACCACUCCUUCGUAGUAUCAUCCCUGUUUUCGGAAAUGAGCUGCUCUCGCCAAUUGAAAACGUUUUUUCAACUCUCCUGACCACUGAAUUCCUUGGUCAAGUUGGGUCUCUGAUCAAUACGCCAGGAGAGAAUAUUCUCAAGGAUCUUCUAACACAGACAUUCGUGAAAGAUCUUGGUUCAGUACUCAAUGAUGUUCCACCAAUCCUCACUAGUUUGUUAUCCGUCAUAAGCAGCAAGGCAGUGUCAUCAUUGCUUGAUGCAGUGCCAAAGAUUCUCAACAGUAUUCUGCCGUUACUCAAUGGUGAUUACGUUUCGAAACUUGUGAAUGACCUAGUCGGUAUCUUGACACCUGACUUCAUCAACGACAUUGGCGAAAUACUGAAUUCAAUACCGGCGCUUGUUAAUGCAGUAUUGCCUCUAUUUACUGGAAAUACUCUCACAUCGCUAGUGAAAAACGCGAUUCCGCUGGUUAAAGCUGUUGUAGCAUUACUGCCAUUACUUACAUCAAUCUUGGCCUCUAUAUAA